AUGUUCGAUGGUUUAUGGAUUGAUUUAGAUGAUGCUAAUGUUCAUUUAACUGAAAAUGUUAAAUUCGCUCCAAUGCCUGAAAAAUCAUAUAAUCGAAUUUUAUCUUUAUUAUUUCAAAUUUUGAAAUCUAAUAUUCAUGCAGCUGAUUUAGCAUUUUCAUUAACUGGACGAAUGCAUUUAAGAACUGAUAGUGAAAGUCAAAUUGCUGCUGAUUAUCCAAAAUAUAAAGAUGAAUCAAAUAAAGAUGGGGUGUGGGUGUGGGUUGUACAUGUAUAUCGAGAAAAUGAUUAUAGUUUAUUAAUAAUGUAA